AUGAACAACGAAGACAACAACAACAAUCAUCCGUGGAUCCCUUUACGAGACAGAAACACAAUGAUGAUCGAAGAUGCAAAGAUGACCCCGAGAGAAAAACAAAGGAUGAAAUUGAUAUAUUUAAUGAACCACUUGAAAUAUUAUUUCUGUGUGGACGUGAUCAACGUACCGAUUUGUCGUAAUUGUUGCAGAAAACAAAGGAGCAAAAAAGGAAAAACUAGGAUCCACAUCGGCAGAAUGAUGAUCGCAGCGAAGGAAUUUGUUGAGAUCGCAGAAGAGCUGGAAAAAAAGGCAAGCGUCUCGAUUGAAGAGGUGAAGCGGCUUGGCGACAAGGCUAAACACCUAGCAAAGAUUGUGGGAGGGAUUUUUUCUGUGCAAAAAUGGAAAGGAAACAAGAAAAUGGAAGGAAAAAUGCAAAUUUCCAAAUGCACAUUCGAGCAAGUCGAUCAGUGGUGCAAAAAGAUACUGCUGGAUGAAGAAGUGAAGGAGUCGAUCGAUAUGAUGAAGAAUAUCAAGAAUGAAAAACAGCGCCUUUGGUCGAAAUUGAAAAGAACGCUGCCCGUUUUCGAUCUGAAUGAAAUCAUCUCGAAAAUCGAAAAAUUCGAUAAGGAUAUCAUUUAUGCAUUCACGGAUGGAAGCUGCAAGAUUGACAAGAAAAACAGCAUGAACGACGCUUCGGGCGUCGGGAUUAUAAUUAUAUUUACGGAAACGGAUCAUCAACGGAUAAUCACGAUGUGCGGUCCCAUUUUUCCUCCUCCAGACGGUCACAGUAGCCAGUAUGCCGAGCGAUUUGCGAUCGAGACGGCCCUUGAAGAGAUCUAUCUAUGGGAGGGUUAUGUUGGACAGAAAGUCGUGAUUUUUACGGACAACCUCGAGGUCGUCAAGGCCUUUAAGCAGUACAAAGAAAGGGGAACGGCCGGGGACGUCUGUAGUCUCGACUUUAACCAGAUGAAAUCGAGAAAUAAAUAUUUUCCCAUCUACAAACUUGUCCAACUUUUCCGUGUUGACAAGGACAAAGUUCCCAUGUUCAAUCUGCAGUUUGAAAAUGUGUACUCAACUCACUCAGGUGAAGAUGUGAACAACCGAGCAUCGACCAAGCCAGGAAAUCCGGGCAAUGAGAAGGCCGACAAGCCGAUGGCCGACGAGCGACCAGCUGGACGACGGCCUGGUUCACUCAUCAAAUCACCGAUGCGGCUGUCGAGGUGCCGGGGCUCGACUCCGAGGGGUUCGACGCCGUCCUUGGAUCAGAGGAAGAGGACCCGACGU